GCGCGAACCGCGCCAACACGCCGAGCAUGCCGAACGCACACCCUCNNACAGCGCACACGCAAACAGGACAAGGACCGGCGACGCGAGGGUUACGAACACGAGGAGGAGUUCGAUCAGCGGUCACAGGCGUCCACUUACCGUGAACGGCCGAAGCCCGACAAGCCGAGGUUCGUAAUGUCCAUCUUCACGGGUAGUAAUCCAGAGGCUUGGCUCAACCGAAUCGCGCAAUAUUUUGAACUGAAUGAAACCGACGGCCACGAUCGAGUAAGGUACGCAGCAUUUUAUUUGGAUGGAGAGGCCAAUGUAUGGUGGCAGUGGCUCUCAAGAAUCUACC